AUGACUUGUUCACUGGAUCACGCACUAACAAUCGUUGUGAUGAUUCAAAGAGGCUCGUGCUCUACCCCCACAUUCGCUGACGCUCGUUGUUCGCAGUUCGAGUCCUCUACAGAUGCAAGGACGAAUUUCAUAGUCAGCAACACCAUGUCUUUUGAGACAUGGUACAAAGAGAUCCCGAUCGUCACCAGAUGCUACUUGACGAUAUCAGUUCUGACAACUGCUGCCUGUUACUUCGACCUCAUCUCUCCUUUCUCCUUGUACCUCAACUACAGAUUGAUCUUCGAGAAGUAUGAGGUCUGGCGAGUCUUCACCAACUUUUUCUUCUUCGGCAUGCCGAGCCUGGACUUUGUGUUUCACAUGGUGAGGUAUAGCCGACUGUUGGAAGAAGGACCAUCAUUCCGAGGAAGAUCAGCGGACUUCUUGACAAUGCUGCUGUUCGGCGCCUCCAUCAUGCUCAUGAUCGCCCCCUUCUCAUCGGUGCUGUUUCUCGGAUACUCCCUCACCUUCAUGAUGGUCUACGUGUGGGGUCGAAGGAACGAGACGUUUCCUAUGAACUUCCUCGGCCUCUUCAACUUUCCUGCUCCAUGGCUGCCUUGGGUCCUUCUUGCUUUUUCGGUCCUCUUAGGGUCCAGCCCUGUCGUAGACCUGGUCGGCAUUUUCGUCGGGCACGUCUACUACUAUCUCGAGGACAUUGUUCCGAGGAUGCCCGGGCGUUUCAGAGGGAAGCGCAUCAUAUUCACCCCGGCCCUCAUCCGGUAUAUCUUCGAGGGCCCCCAGCACGAAGGGACCAACGUGCGGGUCCAGUUCAACAACCCGGCAGCGGAGAAUCAAGAGGACGAGGGCGAAGAUUGA